AUGGUGAAGUACUCGAAGGCUCCUUCGAACAUCUCGAAGUGCGCCCAAGCCAAGGGUUCACAUCUACGUGUACACUUCAAAAACACCUACGAGACCGCAGAAGCUAUCCGUGGAAUGUCAGUGCUUGCCGCAAAGAGAUAUCUACAGGAUGUUAUUGACCACAAGCGCUGCGUACCCUUCCGCAAGUUCAACGGAGGUGUAGGACGAUGUGCCCAGGCAAAACAGUUCAAACACACUCAAGGUAGAUGGCCAGAGAAGUCGUGCCGUAUCUUAAUUGACCUCUUGGUCAACCUUCAGGCGAACGCUGAGGCACCGAUAUGUAUAAACGAUGCACUAAUAUGCGCUCAGGUUAAAGGAUUGGAUGUCGAUCUGUUGCACAUCGAACACAUCCAAGUCAACAGGGCACCCCUAGGAAGGAGGCGUUCAUACCGUGCUCACGGUAGGAUCAUCCCCUUUCUGUCACAUCCCUGCCACGUGGAAAUUAUCGCCGUAGAGAAAGACGAAACUGUGCCAAAGUUUGUCGAACCCUCUAAAAAGGUGAUCAAGCUCAACAAACGCCAGUUGGCCAGAUUCAGACUUAAGGAUGCGAGAGCCGCCGCCAGGGCUGCCAUGAGAAAGGCGAAGGCACAAUAA